CGGGAAGUGGCAGGGGAGAGGGGCGGGUGUGAGGGGUCGGAUCCCGGCAAAGCCUCUGUCUCCGGUGCAGAUUUCCUGUGAUCGCCGGUGCGAUCCAAAGCAGGGGUUGCUCUUGCCGACUCUUGAGCGUUCGUGAGGGAGCCGGGAAGAUGGUGAAUGUUCUGAAAGGUGUUCUGGUGGAGUGUGACCCAGCAAUGAAGCAGUUUCUGCUCUACUUGGAUGAGUCAAAUGCUUUGGGAAAGAAGUUCAUCAUACAAGAUCUGGAUGAAACUCAUGUCUUUGUGUUAGCUGAGUUGGUCAACUUCCUCCAGGAGAGAGUGGGCGAGUUAAUGGACCAGAACUCGUUUCCUAUUACUCAGAAGUGAGAAAAACCAGAGAAAUGAAAUUACUGCAAGUUUUGGAACAGUGAAUUUCAAUAGUUUGGGUUGUUACUGUUUUAAUAGAUAACAUUGUGGCAUGUAAGUUUUACAUAGAAGUGGCUACUAUAGAAAAUGCAUCAUUUUCAUAGACAUAAUAGUCUGGAAUUGGAUAUUGUUUCUCAUUUUGAAAGGAAGUGGUAUCUUUAUUAAACUGCUUAAAAUUAUACAC